GGAAUAAAAUAGGGCGUUACUGUAAUUGACGCUUACAUGUUUUUUUUUUUAAGUUAAAUUGAACUUACUGAUUUUAUUUUAGUCUAAAGGUUUAAGAUAUAAUCUAAUUUCUCUCACGGAACUUUUGUGCCAACAUAAUAUAAACAAAGAGAACUUAUUGCGCAUGCGCACAAGCACAUGAACUGUCGCAAUGCUACCGCGCAUGCCUACUUAACUACAACGCCUAUUUUAAAGCCUAUGGCGCAUGCGCAGUUUUGACAAAACCUAGAUGAAAAACUCAUGCAAAACACGGCCUCCUGAAAGGUAAUGUAAGUAAACAAAAUAUUUUUGUUACUCUCUACUGUACCACUCUAUAAAAGAAACGAAAAAAGGUUUGAUGUUAAGAAAAUAGAACUUUUCCCCUUUCAAAGAAAUACGCGACGUUUUGUUAUUACACGCUUUUUUCUUGUGUAAGAACUAUACUUUAUAUCUCAAAUGUAAAUAUUCUAAAUAAUUUUAAGUGUGCUUCAGUUCAAUGUUGAAAUACUUUUAGUUUAGUACAUUAGUUGACUGAAAAACCAUGUUUAUUGUAAUGUUCACAACUUGUGCAAACCACAUACAAUGAUGCAUUGUCAUAAAAUAGACAGGCUGCAGCAUAUACCAUUUAAAAAAAAGUUUACAAAAAGUUUUGUUUUUGUGAAAUGUCUUACCGCCUUGUGUUUUUCAGGCCUUUUUACUUUGUCUUUUCUUUCUUCAACCAAGACGACUUUGAUCAUGGUUAUAUAGGAUGAAAUAAAAACAGCACAAAAGGAGAUAAAACAUAAAGAACAAGACCACAAGUUUUGAAAUAAACUUUUUCUUUGAUUUGCUUAGCAACUGAAUUGCAAUUUUUUUUUGAAUAGCAUAUGAUUUUAACCUUUAACAUUGAAAUAAAUAUUACACAUUUAGUGCGUGUUUCACAUACAUAGUUUUAGACCUGCUGGACAUCUAAAUAUUUCAGAACUUUGUUUUGCUAAUUUCUUUUAAUUUAAUUUUAAAUGCCAUGGUGAUUCAAUUAUCCAGCUUAUUUUGACCUCACUGUAAUUUUUUCUUCAGGAGUCAUGUUUGAUUCAGUUCUUAUAAAACUCAUUGAUUAGCCUUCAAAUUUUAUACGAACAAGGAGGCUGAAAAUGGCUAAAACAACAACGAAAAAGGAACAAUAUCAAAUUUAAACUGUUUUUAUUCCUUUUUUCUGGUAAAAAAAUCCAACGUGGUGAUUCCUGCUUUUGUAAUGUAUUUUUUUGAUUUUUUCAAGGACGAAGUAGUUAUGAAUAAUAUGUUGUUGCGGCAUGAAAUGUUUAGAAAAUGGAUGUGAAUUGUAUAUUCUUUAAGUCAGAAUGUCAUCAAAUUGAGGGAAAACAUUAACCUAAACAUAUUGUGACUUUUACUUAAAGAUGUUAUUGCAUUGUUUGACCACAGGGCUAGUUUUCUCCUCGCAAUGCACUAACCAUUGGCUAAAACCCAAAUCAAAUGACUGUCUGACCUAGAAUAUGUUAGAAAAGCAAACUAUAUAUGAAAGUGCAAAGUCCAGAACUCCUGUCAUAUUUGUCUUAUGAUGUGCUUAACAUUAAGUAAAACCAAUCAGUGGAGCUUACGGGUACCACUUGAUUAUUUCAUUGUGCAUUUCUAUUGUUCGUCAUUGUAUUUAUCCGCCCUAAUCAAGUCUUUGUAAAACAUAAAACAGGAUACCGGUCUCUUUUUUCUGCUCUCACGCUUUGAUGUCUGUCCUGCUUAUCAAAAAUGGAAAAAUGAUGAGUUUAGACUAGGUGAAACAAGAAAUAAGAGGUAAGUCAAUAAAGGUAGAACUUACUGCACCUUAACGUUUCACCCCUUGUGAUAGCUGUUCAUCACAUAGUCUAUGAGAAUAUGCUAAAUAUAUUACCACGUUUUCUAGCCAUGUAUAAACUUAACAAACCAAUUUUAAUAUUUUACCUAGGAAGGUAGAUUUCUUAUUCAAUAAUUUUUUUGAUGCUAGUUAUUUGCUUUGGGUUCCAGAAUAACAACACAAAUUGAUAGAAACAAUGUAUUUCCUUUUGCUGGAAUGAGUAUGUACAACACAUUCAGUAUAUGUAGACUAGUAUUUAUGGAAAUUUUUUGGGGAAUGGGCGCUUCGUCAAAUGCACAAAUAUAUAAUGCAUAAUCUGAGUGUCAGGAUAAUAAUGAUUACACUAGAGAUGCCCUGAGCGUCUGGUGCAUCAACAUGUCCUGAGAAAUGUGACUAAUAACCCUGGCAAUCUUUAAGAUUAGCUCUAUAGGUAGAAACCAUCCCCAAUGUGCCAGGCUUUACAUGACAUGUUCAAUGACUAAGGUAAACCUAAUGUAUAUUACCCACAAUGCUAAAGAGCUGUACUUCUGUCACCACAAUUAACAUGAGCAAAACUUGCAGUUUAGCUCCAUCUAAGUGUAGUGAGGUAACUACAUAUUUUAUUACUGUCUUGUAAACAUUAUUCCGCAAAGUAUAUUUUGUUAGCUAGACAGAGUAACCAUGGGCUGUUUCCUGUUUUUUUAUUUAAACUGUUGUGAUAUAAUCUAAAUUAAAUUAAUCAUGUGUGACACGGUUUACCUGUUUUAAACGUUCAACCUGGUGUUAACAACGGGUUGUUUUGUGUGUUUUUUUUUAAGUUAUGAAAAAAAAUUUUAGGAAAAGGCUAUUACGCCUAUGUAUGACACAGUUUACCUGUAGUAAAUGCUCAUUCCAUUUUCACAAUUAAGUUAUUACCGUUUACCUGAAACUUAUUCUGCAAAAUUAAAAAAUAUAGACUACUGUAAAGAAAGAAACUUUCGCUGGUAGAAAGUUUGUGGUUUGGAGGAACAGCGAAAAUUUUGCAUUUUGCGGGAAAAAACUUUCGCGGAUGAGCAUUGUGGAAAUUUUUUACAGGCAAAAAACUUUUGAGGACCGAAAAUAAAGUAUUAAAAACAAUAGAAAACAAAGGAUAUGAAUGUAAUUAUUUUAUCACAAAAAAACAAGAAAUCUUCCGAAAAAUUUCAUCAGCUUUUUGAAUGAAAAUUUUUUUUCGUUGACAAAAAUUACAAAAAUUAUAGUUUUGCUUCCUUAUCACCUAAACAAUACUUGUUUUUUGCUUUUACUGAGUAGUUAAAUACAAAUAACAUAAAAAGCCUGCACUGGGAACUAAAUUUACAAUUUAUUUUAAAUUUAUUUUAAACCCUUCUAUGAGGUUAGCUCUUAAUCUGCUCGAUUCUGCAGACACUACAUUGCUAAAGUCUUCCUUGGUAUGGUAGAUGAUCAUACUAGCAGUACCAAAUAUAGCUUGUUAUGUAGCUAUAAAUAAUGCUCUAAAAAAUGGCACCACAUCACAGUUAGUAAAUUGAUAUCCUGAUGGUGUGAGGAACACACGGAAACGUUCCUUUAACAAAGAACCCAAUACCUAUGACCAUACUUCACUUCCGUACUUUAUUUUUUUCUCUCAAUAACAAUUUCAUCACUCUUUCUAAAACACGAUUCUUUUGUGUUGAAUGUUAUUUUAAUCUAUUUAUAUCUUUACAAUCACAUUGAGCAUAUUGAAAUUAUUUGGUAUCAUUUUUAAGUGUUGUUAACAUGUAUUUCACAAUCUAGUGCCCAGGACUAAAUUGAUCAAUGCUGUUAAAAGACAGUAAAGAAAUUAACAAUUAAGUUUCAAUGAUAUUCAUUCAUUCUUUCUUUUCUUUUUUAUAUUCACUACUUUUAAACAACGGGUGACCACAGGAAAUGUGGAAACAAAAUUAAAAAUACAAUUAAUAAGACAACUAAACUUUGUCCUCUCCAUUAAUGCCGCUUAUUUUAUUAUGCACACUAUGAUUGGUAAGAUUAAAAUGGAUAGUAUGAGAAAAAAUCUUCUGUACUUCGUUGUUACAGAUGAUCUGUAAUAAUUCAUUAUUUUGUUUCUUUUUAUGCAUUUUAACUACGCAGUUUUCUAUGUAUAUGAAAAAGAUUUAAGUUAACGAUAAGGGUUGUAAAGCCUUCUUAAAUCAAAUUUGCAUGGGUGAUUAAUUGCACGCCUAAACAGCUCUAUGCGAUAGCACACUCACAAAAUGGUCUGACUGGAGAGAAUGUUUUGUGUGUUUUUUGUCAGACCCAGCAUUCUUACCCCUUUUUCACAAAAUAUACCUUUACAUCAGGCUUUUAAAUGUUUCUUUAUAGGAAUAUACAGCAAUUAAAUCCUUUCUACAAAAACAAGGGACUAAACACAUUCCUGGACAAGCUUGUUUUACUGUAUCAAAGCUCAUCAGCUGGGCUAGUGUUGGGUCCUAACCACGAUAUAUAAUGGAUUAUGAACGAUUGCUACUUGCAUACAAGCUCUCUGUGGAAUUUAAAGAAAAGAGAGAAGAUGGGGAAUUAUUUUGUCAGUGGGUGCUUAAUGAUGAUAAUAAACCUCUUGAAAUAUUUGCUAAAACCUCAAGAACUGAAGAUCCAGUAAUAGAAUGUGUAUGUGAAUGGUUUUUAAAAAAAAAGAAAAAUAUUUCUAUUGCCGAAAUUAUUAAAGAAGUCAACAAAUGUCUGAAAAAAUGUGGUAGAGGCCUGGAGAUAACCGAAGAUGACUUGAAACACAGUUUUCAAGAUACUGAAGUUAGACAUGAUCAUCCUUCAAUUUCAUUUGAGAUGGAAGACAAAAUUUAUCGAUACCUAUUAGAAAAAAUCUCACCAUGGGACAUUCGUUACUUUGCGCAUUUUCUAAUCCCUUACAAUGAAGUAAGCAAAAUAUUUGCAGACAACGUCGGAAAUAUUGAAAGGGUGAUAACGUUAGUACUUGAAAGAUGCAAAAAAAAAUCUACUUCAUGGCAUCAACUAAAAUCUGUUUUAAAUUUUUUAAAAAUGGACGAUCUCGUAAAUGACAUCCAAGGUGGCAUUCAAGAUGAAUUUGCCAACAACACAACUUCUCCAAGUUAUAUGUUGAUCAAGAAUUGCAAUGGAAACCUUGUUGUGCAAAUUGAAGACAACUCAUUCUGGUCUAUUCAAAGUGUGAAAAGUGUGAAUGUUGAAAUUGACUACAUUGUUGAAAGGAAAGAAGGAAAACUUAUGCUGCUCAUUCAUAGCCAAACUCCAGACUCUACCAACUUAUCAAUCACGUUGGUUGACAAUGAAAGAAAAAUUCAAUUGAUUACAAUUCAAGGUAACAAUCUGGCACACCAAUGUACAACAACUAACCAUUUGAUUAUUAUUACUCACAACAGUUGUAAAAUAUGCAAUGAUAUUGAGUCUAUUGUAAACACGCCAACAGAAGAAACAGUUGUUGAAUUUUUUUGUGGGGGGAAUCUACAAAGAAUGACAGAAGCAGACUAUGAAAAAAUUGAAAAAGGCUAUAUUUAUGAAUAUUUUACACGUGAUGAGAAAUCUAUGGAAGAAGCACUCCAAUUUCCACCUCCAAUGCUAGAUCUAAAGUGCUCUGUGUUUGCCCAAAGAAUUAAAGCUGUUAUGGUUAAGUCAAAGCAUCGGUUAUUUACUGUAUUAACACAUUACGAUGCCAAGAAGCACAUGGAAUUUUUAAAACUUCACAAAGUAUUUCCUGUGAAGUCAUUUUCUGAUGAAAACAGAAUCUUAUUUGUGUUCCUUAACACCAUUAUAAACAUGAGGUACACAGAAACAACCAAUGCAAUGAUUAUACAGAAGGAAAUUUUAGCAGGCGAGGAGAACUUAAGAGAGCUCUGUAUUGUCUAUAAAAAAUAUUUAAAAAACAGUAACUUGAGAAUAAUUAAUGUUGUGGCUGCACCUAAUUUCGAAGACAAGCAGGACACUGCAAUUUGUGUUGAUUGCAAAAUAAUCUUUAGGAACACUUGGUCUGAAGAUAAAGCUAUUAUGAAGUUCUUUUUAAACAUAUUACAGGGAGAAAGCAAUAUAUGUAACAAGAAAGAGCAAUAUAUCAACAUAGUCAGCAAAAUCUUUUGCUUUAUGGCUACUCGAACAGCACUCUAUUCAGUCCCUUCACUCAGUGAUAACACCCACGAAAAGAUAACUUCACUGCUACUAACUUGUCAACAACAGCGUAUUUUGUAUGACAAGUCGAAAAAAAAAAUUAUAACUGGUUCCUUGGGUAGUGGUAAAACUGUAUUAGCCUUGUCACAUUUAGAACGUGCUUAUCAAAUAUCUGAAACGAAUUCUGUUAUAUACUACGUUAUAUGGGAUGAUAAAACGCUACUGAAACAAGAUGUUGCCAGUCAUGCUAAUAAAUUCAACAACAAAGCCAAUGUUACAGUUCUCGUUAGAGAAGUUGUGGAACUAGCUAAGGACUUAAAGAUGACAAACGUACCAGCACCAUCGCUGUUGUUGAUAUCGUUGGUUGAAAAACAUACUAACGAAAACUUACAUGUGAUAAUUGACGAAUUAAAUGGUGAAGUAUUGGAUAAGGAAGAAUCGUCAUCGCUGAAACACUGCCUGGAGACUGAAAGUAGGUUGCAAGAUUCUCUUGUAAUUAUCUUUCCUCAAUCUGUUGAGAAACAUAGAACGUUUAUUUCAGACGAAUCUAUCACUAAUCAUUACAAAUAUAAUUAUAAGGACACAGGAAUGAAAUUAUUUAAACUAACCAGAGGAAUGAGAGCAUCAAGAGCCAUUUUUAACUUUUUAAAAGCCUUCGAGCAAAAAGCAGCCAAGGAAAGGACGGUCAUUAAACUUCCUGUUAGACAAUCUCAUCUAAAAAAUGAUGCAGUAAUAUCACCAGGUAAUAUUGAUAUCAGGAAUAAUUCAAGAGAACAAGAACAGCCUAUAGUUGAAGAACAAUUACCGCAAGUUGUUCCCCAUACUACAGCCUCUGCAGAAGAGAAAGAAGAAGAAAGUUUUAAAAUACCUGUUGAUAUUGAUGUCAUUGCAGCCUCUAUGAAUGAUACAGAGCUUUCAGAACAUUGUAGAACGGAAAUCGAGCUAACAUUUAACUCAGCAGAUAAUAUAGGUCAUAAUAUAAAAGGUACAAAGCCAUUACUAAUACAUCCAGUAAUGCAACAAAUGACGGAAGAAACAGUCAUUCUAUUGUUAGCUUUUGCUUUAAAAGAUAUUGGUUUAUUUGAUAAAAACAGGAGCCUGUUAAUUUACAACACCUUGCAUCAAAUGACAAUACUUUACAGAUUGCUAAAACUGUUAGAAAUAGAUUUCUUUCAUUACGAUGACUCCACUAAAUGGAAAAUCCGGAAAAUUCAGACAGGUGAAAUAGUUCAAGAUCUUUCCAACUAUACCAACUAUGCCAUGCUUACUACAACACAAGGUGCUCGUGGUAUUGAAGCAGCUGAAUGUAUUUGCAUAAUCGACAAAGACGACUGUAAGUUAAAACAUUUAACUAUAGAAGGAAUGUCAAGAGCAACACAAAGCCUUAUCCUUUUGUCGAUGUCAAACAUUAACAAAUCAAACAUGCUGAAGUCAUCAACUGGUAAGAUUGUCAGUGAACUUAUGUCUGAAUAUCUAAUAGAAUGUUGCUUAGAACACUCAGAUGAUAACGAGACAGAAAUACCGUUCACAAAGACUUUAUAUGACAAUAAAAGAACUUACAGCAUUCACACUCAAUCAUGGGAAUAUGAAGAAAUGAUGGAAAAACUUAAUCAUGUUGAAUGUCCACGCACGUCCGAAAUUAAAAAUGCAAACGAACUAAUAGUUAAAAACCUUCAUCCCCCUGAAAUAUCCGAUAACACAAUUUGCUCGUAUGUGUCAGACACAACAUGUGAAUUAAGUUGGGAAAAUAAAGGCUACAGAUACACAAUUAAGAAGCAGGACAACGAAAAUCUAGAUUGGAAAAUUGUAGCUAGUAACAUUACUUCUAACAAAUUCGUACUGAAUGAUAUGGUGAUUGGUGAACUGUACAAGUUUUGUGUCGUUGCUAGUAAUCAAGUUGGUAAAUCUGAUGACAAUAUCGUGCCUUAUCUUCACAAAUUGUCAAGCACGUCGGAUAUUAUGGUUGAAGAUAUCGAGGAAAUUAUUGAAUCUAACGAUAUCGAGAAACUGAAAAAAUUACUAUCCAUUCAUCCAAACAUCGUUCACAUGAGAGAUGAACGUGAAAACACACCAUUGAUGUGGACAGUACUUCACACCGACAAUACAUCAAUGGUGGAAAUACUCAUCUCAUAUGGGAGUGAUGUUUGGGCGGAAGAUAGCUGGAAACAAAACAGUUAUCAUUUUGCUGCAUCAGAAGAUCGUCACACAAUAUUAGAUAUGUUAUGUCGACAUGAUGUAACAAACAUCAACCGUGGAGAUGUUGACAACUACACACCAUUACAUGAUGCUGCAUUGCGUGGUCACAUCUCAUGUGUUGAUGUUUUGUUACGUUAUGAAAAUAUUGAUGUGACGAUCAAAGAUAUAUUUGGAAACACAGCUUAUGAUUGGGCUGGAGGAUGGAAGAAUGAACAAAACCGGAAAAUAAUAAGACGAAAAAUAAAAGAAUACGAAGCUAGAAAGAAGUAAAUAUCUAACGAAAGAAUUUGUUUCGAUUGGAAAAACGACAAUCCAUUUCUCAGACCAGAAAAGAAUUCGUUAUCACAUUUUAUUAUUUUUUAUAAUAUAUUUUAUAAUUUCUUAUUUAUAAUGUACAAAAUUUUAUAUAUAUGAAAAUAUUUGUAUCAAAAAGUAUUGUAAAUUUAAUAUAUAGAAAAACAAUUUUUGUUCGAAUUAUUUUCGUCAUGUUCGAUUGUGUCGUGUUUCGUUUCAUUUUCAUUCACAAAAAGAUGCAUGGUCAAAGUCACGUGGUUUUACUGUGUUCACUCUGUCUAGUUUUUAAGAAUAUUUUAGGCGCAAUUGUAACAAGUAUACCGUAAAAUGACGUAAUGAAGCGCACCCGGUUGUAAGCGCACCAAAUCCUUACCAAAAUUUUAUUCGCGUUUAUAAGCGCACCCUUAGAUAAGCGCGUUUAGAAAAAGAUAUCGAAAGCAAUAAAAUUAAAAAAAUAAAAAACAUGAUUUAUAUGAACUUCAUAGGGCAAUACAAAUCAUUGAAAAUAUUCAGUAAUUCUUUCGUUUUUUCUUGCACUUUUUUAUACUCGUAUAUAAGUGUACCCCUGGAUAAGCGCACGAAAGUGAUUACAACAUUUUUCAGUAUUUCCGUCGUAAUGUAUCGUUAGUGUUUAUUAUUUAAAAAAUAGAUGUAUUAUUUAAAAAAAUAGAUGUAUUUAUUAUUUAAAGAAAUAGAUGUAUUUAUAAUUGAAAAAGUGGAAGGAUGAUUUGAAUUUUUACGAAAUAUUACGAAUAAUAA